CUUGAUCUGGUAGUAACAUUGAUUAGUUUAGUCAGUAAGCGCGUAGCGAACGUGUGAGGUGUGUAAUUUAGGAAUGAGACGAUUGCAUUUGAAAAUCUUUUUCUGAACUGAAGUUGGUUUGGCUGCCUAAUGCUGAGAAAAUUAGCUGGAGAUGAAAGGAAUUGAAGAUCAUUCAAGAUGUACACUUCAAGGAAGAAGAUCCACAAAGAUAAGGAUGCUGAACCCACUGAAUUUGAGGAAACAGUUGCACAGGCCCUAUUUGAUUUGGAAAAUACAAACCAGGAGCUUAAAAGUGAUUUGAAGGACCUUUACAUUAAUUCAGCAACUCAACUUGAUGUCUCUGGAAAUCGCAAAGCUGUUGUCAUCCAUGUCCCUUACAGACUGAGGAAGGCUUUCCGGAAAAUUCAUCUUAGGCUAGUCAGGGAGCUUGAGAAAAAAUUCAGUGGAAAGGACGUUGUUCUCAUUGCCACACGAAGAAUAGUGCGGCCACCAAAGAAAGGUUCUGCUGUUCAGAGACCUCGCUCCCGCACUCUUACAGCUGUGCAUGAUGCGAUACUUGAGGAUGUUGUAUUUCCUGCUGAAAUUGUUGGAAAGCGCAUCAGAUACAGAAUUGAUGGGUCAAAGAUAAUGAAGAUAUUCUUGGAUACCAAGGCUCGCAAUGACACCGAGUACAAGCUUGAGACGUUUGCUGGAGUUUACCGCAAGCUUUCUGGGAAAGAUGUUGUCUUUGAAUACCCAAUUACAGAGGCUUAAGAUGUGCUGUUACAAGCUUUUCCCGUUCCUUUUAGUUGCGCAAGUUACUGAAAUUUUGAUAAAUUUGAAUUUGAUAUAUCCUAUGCAUGAGAAGCAGCAAAUCUGAAUGAGAUGUUUCUUCAAUACAUUGUUAGGUGUUGGCUUAGAUUUUUGGAAGAAUGUAGUAGUAUUUUGUAAACUGCCAACUGCCCAAGCUUUCUGUUGAGAGGUUUGUUUUCUUUGCUGCCUGUUGCAACUUA